UACUGUGUUCUUGAGCGAUUCUCAAUAGUCAGUACUGGCUGGGUGCGGUGGCUCACGCCUGUAAUCCCAGCAUUUUGGAAGUCCGAGGUGGGCAGAUCACUUGAGUGAGGUCAGGAGUUCAAGACCAGCCUGGGCAACAUGGUGAAACCCUGUCUCUACUAAAAAUACAAAAAUUAGCUGGGCACGGUGGUGCAUGCCUGUAAUCCCAGCUACUUGGGAGGCUGAGGCAGGAGAAUCCUUUAAACCCUGGAGUCGGAGUUUGCAGUGAGCGGGGAUUGCGCCACUGCGCUUCAGCCUGGGUGAGAGAGCAAAACUCUGUCUCAAAAAAAAAAUAAAAAUAAAAAUAAAAAAGAGCCAGUAUUUUCCUCCUUGCUCCUGGGAAGGAGAAGGAACUGGCCCCCUACAACCAGGGAUUCAGGACACGUGUUACUAGCUCCAGAUAAGUAGGAUUUACACGAAAAAAUCCUGGGCCUUGUUUGUACAGUUCAUGCCAGGGGUAGGAAAUACCUGAAGCUUUCAAAUACUGCAUUAGAAGCUUUCAAAUACUGCGUUAGAGUUGUGACCCUGUCCUGGGCAAGUCAGGCCUAAAAUGGAGAAACUGGUGAUGCACUCCUCAAAAAGCCAAGUGUAAAAUGAGGUUAAUGCCCUCCCUGACUUCUUGCCUUCACUGGUGUGGCAUAUUAUGGUAAAAAUAAUAAUUAAGAAGUAAGGUUAUGCAGGCAAAUCCUCUAGCGCCGAAAUCUUCCCGGCCGCGCUACCAGGUUCUUUCGUGUUAUCUUGGACAUAACACAACAUUAAUUCAACUACUCGGUGGAGCGCCCACUAGCUGCUGGACACUAUCUUAGGCCCUGGGCACAAUGAACGAGAAACGUGUCUUUGUCUUUACAGUCUCACCACGCCACCACCUCCCUCGGGGGCCUCCGCGCUGAGCUUCCGGCCUCCACGCCUCGCUUCCGGUCGGCCGCCCCUUCCUUACUUCCGCUUCUCUAUGGUGCGCGGGCAACCUUUGCUCCGCCUCCGGCAGUGGCUUACUCCCGGUGCCAGGUUCUUGGAGCUGUGAGGGCGCCCCUGGGCUGGGGUCUGACCCGGCUUCUCCUCCCUCACUACCCGCGGUCCCCGGCCUCUGGGCGCUGCGCUGUUACCUCAUCCGAAGUGUUCGCUGCAGCAUCCUCAGGCUUCACGUUGGAGCUUCUUGAUCGUGACAAAACCGCCAUCGUCAUCAUGGCCUGUUCUCAAUGAGCUGUUGGACGGGGUCGCGGCCGGGCAGAGGCGCUCCUCACAUCCCAGACGGGGCGGCGGGGCAGAGGCGCUCCCCACAUCUCGGACGAUGGGCGGCCGGGCAGAGAUGCUCCUCACUUCCUAGACGGUGUUCAGCAUUAUUUAAGAUCACCUAUGCAUCAUCUGAAGCCACAAUCCCAGGUCAUCUUCAUCACCUUCCCCAGUGGAAUGCCUCCUGUGUUAAAGCCCACAACAACCCCUGUGGUCUCAGCUGUUUCCUCCUGACAUCAAGGAACAACCAUGUCAUCAGAAUCGAGCAAAAAACGGAAGCCCAAAGUGAUCCGAAGCGAUGGAGCCCCAGCUGAAGGAAAGCGGAAUCGAUCUGACACCGAGCAGGAAGGUAAAUACUACAGUGAGGAGGCCGAGGUGGAUCUGCGGGACCCUGGCAGAGACUAUGAGUUAUACAAGUACACCUGCCAGGAGCUACAGAGGCUGAUGGCUGAGAUCCAAGACCUGAAGAGCAGGGGUGGCAAGGAUGUGGCAAUAGAAAUAGAAGAACGGAGGAUCCAGAGCUGUGUGCAUUUCAUGACUCUAAAGAAGCUUAACCGAUUAGCCCACAUCAGGUUGAAGAAAGGAAGAGAUCAGACCCACGAGGCUAAGCAGAAAGUAGAUGCUUAUCACCUGCAGCUCCAGAACCUGUUGUAUGAGGUGAUGCACCUACAGAAGGAGAUCACCAAAUGUUUGGAGUUUAAGUCAAAGCAUGAAGAAAUUGAUCUGGUCAGUUUAGAGGAGUUUUAUAAGGAGGCUCCACCAGAUAUCAGCAAGGCCGAAGUCACCAUGGGAGACCCUCACCAGCAAACACUGGCACGUCUGGACUGGGAGCUGGAGCAGCGGAAAAGGCUGGCAGAGAAGUACCGAGAGUGCCUAUCUAACAAGGAGAAGAUUCUCAAGGAGAUUGAGGUGAAGAAGGAGUACCUGAGCAGCCUCCAGCCCCGCCUCAACAGCAUCAUGCAGGCUUCCCUUCCGGUGCAGGAGUACCUGUUUAUGCCAUUCGACCAGGCUCACAAGCAGUAUGAGACAGCCAGACACCUGCCGCCUCCCCUCUAUGUCCUCUUUGUUCAGGCCACUGCGUAUGGGCAGGCCUGUGCUCAUAUGAAAUCCUCCCAGCCCCCUAGACAGGAUAAGACGUUAUCUGUGGCAAUCGAAGGCAGUGUGGAUGAAGCCAAGGCUCUGUUCAAACCUCCAGAGGACUCCCAAGAUGACGAGAGUGACUCGGAUGCCGAGGAGGAGCAGACUACGAAACGCCGGAGACCCACACUGGGGGUUCAGUUGGACGACAAACGCAAGGAGAUGCUGAAGAGGCACCCACUGUCUGUCAUGCUCGACCUGAAAUGCAAAGAUGACAGUGUGCUUCACCUGACUUUCUACUACCUCAUGAACCUCAACAUCAUGACAGUAAAAGCCAAAGUGACAACUGCCAUGGAGCUGAUCACCCCCAUCAGUGCAGGUGACUUGCUGUCUCCUGACUCAGUCCUGAGUUGCUUGUAUCCUGGGGAUCAUGGAAAGAAAACUCCGAAUCCAGCCAAUCAGUAUCAGUUUGAUAAAGUUGGCAUCCUGACUUUGAGCGACUAUGUACUUGAGCUAGGUCACCCCUAUUUGUGGGUGCAGAAGCUGGGUGGCCUCCACUUCCCCAAAGAGCAGCCCCAGCAAACAGUGAUUGCUGACCACUCGCUGAGCGCCAGCCACAUGGAGACCACCAUGAAACUUCUGAAGACCAGGGUGCAGUCCCGCCUGGCCCUCCACAAACAGUUUGCGUCCCUAGAACACGGCAUUGUGCCAGUUACCAGUGAUUGCCAGUACCUCUUCCCUGCCAAGGUUGUCUCUCGCCUGGUGAAAUGGGUGACAAUUGCCCAUGAGGAUUACAUGGAGCUGCACUUCACCAAAGACAUUGUGGAUGCGGGACUGGCUGGGGACACCAAUCUCUACUACAUGGCGCUCAUCGAAAGGGGCACAGCCAAACUGCAGGCCGCUGUGGUGUUGAACCCUGGCUACUCCUCCAUCCCACCUAUUUUCCAGCUCUGUUUGAACUGGAAAGGGGAGAAAACCAACAGCAACGAUGACAACAUUCGGGCCAUGGAGGGCGAAGUCAAUGUGUGCUACAAGGAGCUGUGUGGCCCUUGGCCCAGCCACCAGCUGUUGACCAACCAGCUGCAGCGGCUGUGUGUGCUGCUGGAUGUUUACCUGGAGACCGAGAGCCAUGACGACAGUGUGGAGGGGCCCAAGGAAUUUCCCCAGGAGAAGAUGUGUCUGCGGCUCUUCAGGGGUCCCAGCAGGAUGAAGCCAUUUAAAUACAACCAUCCUCAGGGAUUCUUCAGCCAUCGCUGACCUCCCGCGCAGACCGUUGUUUCCCCCAAGGCCUCACCCUGAGCACUGGGCUUCUGCUUUCUGCUCUGGCCCACAUGUGACUCUUGAUAUUCUCCAAAGACACCAGCCAAUUAAAAAGCGUCACCUGA